CCCAAGUGAGUGCGAGGGGCUCUGCUGAUGGAGCUACCAUGACCCCUGAAGCAGUGAAGCAUUGCCCGUACCCACUGGCUUGGGUAUCCUGUCCCAGCCAGGCCUUCCCCCAGGCCCAGGAAGAGUGGGGCGCUAGUGAAUGGCUGAACACCAGGAACGUGAUGGUGAGGGUGCGGAGAGUACAGAGAGGUGGAAUGUUCAGGACAGCCAGAGGACAUCUCACUGCCAAAGCAAAGCAGCUCUUGGCCUCUGCAGCUGACCACAUGAGGGGGACUUUCAUCCUCUUGCUUCCAGUUCUCCUGGCAGAGGUGUGGUUUGUGCCCAGUCUGACCCUCCUCAGCCAUUCCCCAGAGGCCCAGGCAGAGCUGGAGGCGCCUCAGAACCAGACUUGGGAGCAUGUAUGGACUGCUCCCACUGAGGAAGAGGAGGAAGAGACCUGGCUGAGGGACAGCCAGGAGCUGCUCUCCAAGGAGACUUCAAACUUCGGGUUCAGCCUGCUACGGAAGAUCUCCAUGAGGCACGAUGGCAACGUAGUCUUCUCGCCAUUGGGCGUGUCUGUGGCCAUGGGGCGCUUAAUGCUGGGAGCCAAGGGGCAGACCAAAGCCCAGGUGGAGAGUGGACUCCACCUACAGGGCCUGAGCCAGACGGGGCCCCUAACUGUGCCAACGCUCUUCAAGAGGCUCAGAGGAACCCUCUCCAGCAACCAGGAGCUGUACCUCACCCAGGCAAGCUUUUCCUUCAUUCACAAGGACUUUGACGUCCAAGAGGCCUACCUCAAUGCCUCCAAGAGGUAUUUUGAUGCAGAGUGCGUGCCUACAAAUUUUCGCAACGCCUCACAGGCCCAAGAUCUCAUGAACCAUUACAUUAACAAAGAAACUCAGGGGAAAAUUCCCAAGCUCUUUGAGGAAAUUAAUCCUGAAACCAAGUUAAUUCUUGUGGAUUACCUCUUCUUCAAAGGGAAAUGGCUGACCCCGUUUGACCCUUUCUUCACUGAGAACGACAUCUUCCACCUGGACAAGUACAGGGCAGUUAAGGUGCCCAUGAUGUACAGGGUAGGCAACUUCGCCUCUACCUUUGACAAGAAUUUUCGUUGUCACGUCCUCAAACUGCCUUAUCGAGGAAAUGCCACCAUGCUAGUGGUCCUUAUGGAGAGAACGGGUGACUACCUGGCCCUGGAGGACUACCUGACCACAGACCUAGUGGAGACGUGGCUCCAGAACAUGAAAACCAGGAAAAUGGAAGUUUUCUUUCCCAAGUUCAAGCUGGACCAGAAGUACGAGAUGCACCAGCUGCUCAAGCAAAUGGGGGUCCGGAGAGUCUUCUCGCCCUCGGCUGACCUCAGCGGACUCUCAGCCAAGGCAAGAAAUCUUCAGGCAUCCAAGGUCUUACAUCACUCAGUGAUUGAAGUGGAUGAAAAAGGAACUGAGGCGGUGGCAGGGAUGCUGUCAGAGAUUGUGGCUUAUUCCAUGCCUCCCAUUGUCAAAGUCGACCGGCCGUUUCACUUCAUGAUCUACGAGGAGACCUCCAGGAUGCUCCUGUUUCUGGGCAGGGUGGUGAACCCAACGGCACUGUGACUGAGACAUGCAUCAGCUCUCAGCGACAGCGGGGCUGGGCUGGGCUGGAGGGGCCUGAGGCACAGGGUGGUGGUGCUGAAUGCGUCCCGUCCCCGUAGCCAGCCAGCGUAGCUGUUCUCUCAUUAACACAAACAUUAAAGUGAUACACAUUUAAGGAGA